AUGCUCAUUAACGGAGAGAAGUGGGCUUGUGAGGCCUGUAUCCGUGGCCACCGUGCUGCCAGUUGUUCCCAUUCAGAGCGUCCUUUGAUCAUUAUCAAUAAAAAAGGACGACCAGUCUCUCAGUGCCUUCACUGUCGUAGUCUACGCGAAUCACGAUCAGCACAUGUCAAGUGUGGAUGUGGCAAUACUAAUAGAGCAAAGAAUGACUCUGAUACUCAAAAUUCCUAUCCACAAUGUAAUUGUGCUCGUGGGGAGCGUUGUGUCUGUGCGCUUAAGAAAGGCCCGUUCCCAGAACUCGUUCCGAAGCCAUCUCGGCCGCAUUCUCCAGUCCAUGAAGAGGGAAGGAACACGUUAGCUCAGCCAGAGAGCAUGGUAGCUGCCCUCCACGAAGAUUAUCCUAGGUACCCUGGACAAUUCAAUUUGAUACAGAUGGGCCCGUCAGCAAGUGCACCUGAAUUUGAAAUCUCGGAUCAGCACACCGGGCUCCAGAUCAACUCAGCGGAAGACAGCCUCCCCGCAAACUCAGUUAUAUCACCUGCCGACCUCUCAUCCUUUACCGACCUCUCUUCCGCCAUGGCACCUGACUACUCAGCACCAACGGCUCUUGAUAACCUCUCGGUCCAUCAAACCGUGGUGGGGGAUCUUGAUCUGAAUAUGUCUUUGUUGCCUGCUGUUAACUUUCCAAUAAUGACCGCAUCAGCUGGAUCCAUGAACAACAUAGACUCCGAGAACCUCUAUAGAGAGGACAUGUUUACUUCUACUAAUACACGAUUUACACCCGGCCUCACUGGAGCAGACUCCUAUACUACUUACUGGGAGGGGUUACAUCCAGAUUUGUUUAGUAUCGGUAAUACUCAGCUUCUUGACUACGUGCCGCACGACUUCGCCCCUUAUGAUUUAUGCUUUCCCGCACUAUUAUUACCAAACAGUACUGGCGAUGUGGAGGAACUCGAAGCAUCUUCAAACCACGGAAAUGAAGGAAUUAGUUAA